AUGCCUGGUUUCUCGGACUCCUUCUGGACACCCGACUAUGCUACGGGUCUGGGGGUGCUCUACGGGAAGUUGCAACAGGGCGUGGUAGAGAAUAGGCAGAUUCUCACCAUUGCAUCUAUGCGCGCCGAUGCGGAGGAGCAGUAUGGUCUCCGCAUGGGCGACAUCGCACCCAGUGUCGAUCGCAUGUCUGCCGCAGGUUUCGGCAAGGACGACGGUGCGAGUGUGAGGAAGGCAUACGAAGGUGUUCGCACCGAAAUGAUCGAGGCCGCCCGCAACCACCAGAAGAUCGCCAGCAACAUUCGAGAACUCGUCGUUGCGCCCUUUCGACGCUGGAGCGAUCAGCAUGAUUACCGGGUCCAGACCUCUCACGACAACCUCCAGUCGCGGAUCAAGGAACAUACAAAGCAGGUUGAUUUGGUCAAGAAGCUGCGCAGCCAUUACUUCAACAAGUGUCGUGUGGUAGAGGAUUUGGAAGAGGAAAACAAGCUCGCCUUCCAGGAUCCUGAUAACAGCCCCAAAAUCAAGCCGACGCCGAAGAUCGUCCUGCCUACCCCCGAGGAAGAGCCCGAGGAGGAUCCGUAUGAGAUUGGAGAUCGAAUCUAUCCCCCCGAGGAGAUCAAGAGACUUUUGCUGCACAUGCUGGACAACAUCAGGCUUGGAGAGGCCAAGGUUCCUAUUAUCGGUACCUACCAGAAUACUUCGUCCGGUGCUGAGAUUGUGGAGUAUAUCCAAAACAACAUGGGCGCGACCAAUCUCGCCCAGGCAGAGCGAAUUGGCCAGGAUCUCGUUGACAAUGGAUUGCUUCGCUUGAUCGGAAAUAUGGGCAGCACUUUUGCCAAUAGCUCGAAGAUGAACUAUCAGUGGCGUCCCAAGGUGUUCCAGAUUACCGGUGUCCCCGAAAAGAAGAAGCCUUUGAUGCGCGUGACUUCUGUGGCCUCUAGCGAGGAUGGCAGCGGCAACGAGUCGCCCAUUGCUUCCGUGCAGGAAAUUCUGGCUGGCUGGAACCCUCUUAACAAUCCUUACCCCAACGAGACCCCUUCGGAGAAGCUGCGCCGAGAGGCUUUCGAGGCCGAUGAGAAGUACAAAGCUGCCGUUCGAAGACUGGAUCAGAUCAGAUGUCGCCUGGAGGAGGAGGUUAUUGAGAACUUGCGGUUCAUGGAGCAGUGCGAGCUUGACCGUCUAAAGGCCAUCAAGGCCGUGGUCCUCGACUUCUCUGGUGCCAUCAGCAAUGUCAUCCCCAAUCUACAGAGCACCGUCGAUCACAUGAUGCUGUACCAAGAGACGAUCCAGCCUCUGGGCGAUCUGCGAUACCUGCUUGAGAACUACCGCACCGGUGGCUUUGUUCCUCGAGUGCAGGCAUACGAGAACUACUACGGUUCCGUUGAGGAGCAAAACUUUGGUGUCGAUCUCGAAGCCCGCGCUCGGGUUGAUCGCAAGCGUGUCCCGAUCUUGGUCACCACUAUUCUGACCUAUUUGGACAACGCCUAUCCCGAGCUGGAGGGUGACGAGGCGCGACGUGCCAUCUGGCUCCACAACCCUCCUCUUACCCAAACACAUCAAUUGCGGAAUGCCUUGAAUAACAGCAAGGUUGAUUACCGUGAAGUCCUCCCCAAAUUUGAGAUACCCAUUGUUGCCAGCGUUUUGAAAUUGUACCUUCUUGAAUUGCCAGACUCCCUUGUUUCUUCGCAAGUCUACGAAAUCGUUAAAACGAUCUACUCGACUACCGCUCACGAGACCACGGAAGAGGGACGGAUCAAGGUCCUGCAAAGCACUCUCGGACAACUCCGCCUCGUCAAUAUUGCUACGCUUGAUGCCAUCAUGACCCAUUUCACCCGCCUGAUUGACCUGACUUCGGCUGAAGAACAGUAUAUCGCUACCUUGGCCCAGACUCUGUCUCCCUGCGUUCUUCGGCCCCGUACCGAGAGCAGUCUUACUAUGGAUGAGCGCCACAGCUACCGGUUGAUUCGUGAUCUGUUCGCCCACAAGGAUGCUAUCUUCGGUGAGCUGAAGCGCCAGUCCAGCGCACUGGGCAUCUCCACCUCCAGCCGUCCCCGUGCCAUCAGCACGGAUGAGAGCAACCGCCGGGCCGCCAUGGAAGCUCGUCAGCGCGCUAUUGUCAACCGUAGCCGGGCUACCAGCCCUGCCCCCGGGGCUCGUCAUCGCCGCGAUCGAUCCAGCGGUGCCUCGGCAGCCACCCGCUUUCCAAUCAACGUGACUAGCCCACAGGAGCGCUCGCGGACUGCUGCUCGCGCCAGCUUGGACGUUCCCCCCAAGAGCGACUCGCCAACUACGGCGGAGCAUGCCCCCACGGUAAACACCCACGUUGCUGAAGCCGUCACCAACGGUACCACCAUCGAGUCCCCGGCUUCUGCCGCUCCCAGUGUCUCUUCUGGCACAUCAAGCCCCCCUCCGCCACCCGACACUGCCUCGGAAGGCUCUCCAACUCCCACCCCCACUCCCGCUCCCACAUCCAGCGAGUUCGACAAGCGCAGCUCCAUUCCUCGGACUGUCGGUUCUCGAUACACCCGCAAGCCCGGUCUUGGUAGCAUCUCCAGCUUCCCUGCCAGUGCUGGCGCCCCCGAGUCGGACAGCAAACGAAGCAGUCUCGCCGAGAGCGAGCCCAAAGGUGUGACGCUGGAGGAUAGGCCUAUGGAUGAUUGA